UCUCUUCGUGUCAAUGGUACUUGUUGGGUUUGUGUCUUCUCGUCUUGUGUUGUGUGUUUUGUUGUGACUGUUCCCGAGAGUUGAAGCUCCUUUCGAGAAUUCCCUAACAUAAAAGUGAAAAUUUCACGAGAAGUGCUCCGAGUGAUCGCCUUAAAUGUUAACAAGUGUCUUGUGAAAGUGUGGUGGAAGACGUGCAACCGUGCCAUGAACAAGGAAAUCCAUCAUGAAGGAUGGCUUAUCAAGUCGCCGCCGACUAAGAGAAUUUUACGAGCCCGAUGGCGGAAAAGAUGGUUCACGUUGAAACAAGGCGAGAUACCAGGGCAAUUUUGCCUUGAGUACUACACGGAUCGCAAUUGUCGCAAACUCAAAGGAGUCAUUGAUUUAGAUCAAUGUGAACAAGUUGAUUCGGGAUUACAUCUAGAACAUAGAAAGCAAAAAUUCCAGUACAUGUUUGAUAUAAAAACGCCGAAUAGAAUAUAUUAUUUGGCUGCUGAAACGGAGAACGAUAUGCGUGAUUGGGUCAAUUGUAUAUGUCAAGUUUGCAAUUUACAUGAUUUUACUAAACAACCUGGCGAGCGACAAUAUUAUAAUCUCUGUGACGACACUUAUGAAUCUUCACAAAGCACAAUAAAUUCAACAUUCAAUGAUGACAUCGCUGAAUCUGCUGCGACUGCAAAAAGUAAAGCAAACCAACGGGAACUAUUACAACAGCAGAAGUCAAACAUACCAGACCUAAUAAGACAAACUGAAAACAUGACAGUCGAAACAUAUCAGAACAAUGAUUUCCAUUACGUGAAUACAUCGUUGCCAUUUAAUGAGGUACCGCCCCAUGGUACAUCAUCAUAUGAAGCUAAUGCAAAUGCAACUCUUGAGCGAACCCAAAGUUUACGUUCCAAACCAAAUUCCUCAAUAAAUGAUUCGAAAAACGAAACAACAGUGAAUCAUAAUCGAUCCCAAUCAUUAAUUGAACAACCAACAACUUCUGCUUCGCUGUCAUCGUCAUCAGCAAAAACGGUUACUAGUUCAACAGGUAUUACUAAAAGAAUUCCUGAAAAUUUAGUUCUUAGCGAUACAGCAAUCGAAGGGUGCCUAGAACAAUCGCCAGCUUUAAGUACGUGCUCUGGACCAUAUAUUCCUAUUAGUGAAUGCUACUCUGGUACUAAAUUUAUGUGUGAUGACAAUCCAACAACGCCAUUAAAUAAUCUAGAUCCGAAAUUUUACACUACGCCCCGAUCAGAUAAACAGAUUGGGCUUAAUUUAACUGUUAGUCAUUCGUAUUCGCCGAAAAUUUAUAAUUGUCCGCAACAGUUACGUCCACGAAGCGGUCGCUCAAGUCCUACAGAUUCCGAGAGUGUAUUUACCGACGAUGAAGAUUGGCCACAUUCGGCCCAAUUACGAGAUAGCAUGGAUCGUAGUGCUCGUCCUUCGGACAGUUCUGUAGAGAACGAAGCAAUAGUUUUCACUUAUAAGCAACGAUUUUCGAAAAUGCCUGAUGAUAGUAAAGGUGCUGCAGCGGCUGAGGAUCAAGAUAUGAAUUUGAGGCUUACUAAACCCAAAAAAUUAAUAGGACCAAUCUCAACUUGUGACGACGAAAAGAAUCGUGAGAUGAUUCAAUUUUCGGACACUGAAAAUACUUCACCAGCAAUUGGACCGAAGGAUUCCAGCUCAUGCGUGGAGGAAAGCUACGACAUUCCCCGUUCACAUAAUUUGCCAUAUUACAAUUUGAAUCCCUUCAAUCAAGCUUCACCGAGAAGUUGUAAAGAAUUCAUUAGAUCGUCGACACCAAACUUAAACUCUGAUGUGGAUCCUGUAUUUUCGCCGAUUAGUAGUAAGACUCUACCACGGCCACAUUUUUAUACAAACGCUGCUCCAACCAAAACGGAAGGCAACGUUUUUCGAUAUGAUUUUAUUGAACAGCCUGGGGCACCAGCAGUGAAUAGAAGUCUGAAACCGAAACUAAACUUAGAAGAGAAGGGGCCUGGUGAAGAAAAGUCGCCGUUGCGUCCGCCUUCAAUUGACAGAAAGUUAAAACCAGCGGCAUAUAAGGACGUACUCCAACCACAUAGCUCAACAUCAUUACGCCGCAGUGCCAAUCCUAAAUCGUUGGUCAUGUCCUCUGACAGUGAUUUCGUUAUCAAUCAUAAAGACUUGGAAACACGCACACUACCCCGAAUCAUUUCCACAGCAUCAAAUCGUUACAACUCAUCUAAUGCAAAUCUUCGAAACAGCACAAUAUCAUCGAAAUCGAAUGCGGCACUGCAAUAUUUAGAACUAGAUGUUUCGAACCCACCUCCCCCACGAUUGAAAAAUACGAAUAGUACUUCCUUGUCUUCAGGUGAGCCUAGUCAUAGUUUGGAUAUACCAAGUCGCGUUGCUGUUCCCAGCAGUGUUGAAUACAAAUUCGUCGAUUUCUUGAAAACUGAGGCGUUUAAACGAGUAAAGGAGGACGCUGAGAAAAAUCGGAGGAAAGAUUAGGAACAAAAUUUUUUUACUAGAAACGUAUACGUAUUUAGAUUUUAAUGCGUUCAUAAUUGUGAGAGGGCAGUGAAUGUCAAGCAUUUCAACAUAUCUGGGCAUCAAGCGCUGGGGGCUGUUUAACGCAAUGCGUCAGAAUUUUUGAAAUAGGCUAAGUUUUAAUGAAAGAUGACAGAAAAUGUUCCAAGAUAGGCUAAAAACCAUAAUUCAUUUAAAUGGUUGUUGAGCUUUAUAUGUAAUCGAAAAAUAAUUCCCAGGAAAUAUAAAUUCUGGAGAUAAAUUUAGAAUUAAGUUUGAAAAUUGAGUCAAGCAUUUCAGAUCUGUUUAUGGCGUAACAAGCACAAAAGUGUUGUUUUAUUUGUACUGCAUAAGCUAGGUAUCAACGAAUCGUUACGUGCAUUUGAGUUACUUUCAUUUUUUGUAUUUCAUUCCGAAUAUUGCCUACAUUUAUUUAGCUUGGAAAAAGAAUUGAUCAGCAAGCGUCGAACUGCAUGUUGUUGUUAUUUGCUGUCCUUCCUUUCAAAGAUAUUGUUUGAUUUAUUUUUCAUAGGGAAAUUAUUUUCAUCUAUUGUGUACCAAUUUUUAUAUAAAUGUGUGCUGAAAUUAUUUUUACUACACGUAUAAAUAUACAUAUAUUUUUCUAGGAACAAAUGUAAUAAAAUACGCCUUACGCACAAAAUAACAAUCGCGCCUGUUUGAUUCGCUGGCGUCUUUUUGCUAGUGAUGACCUCUACGCAGUAUUAGAUCUUGUAAACGCACUUGCUGCAACUCAACACGCAUUUACUUUUCCAUUUGAUAACAUAAUUCAACUCGGCAAUAUUUUGAUGCUAAUGAUAUCUUUUUAAGUGCAAUUAUGGAAUAAGAAAUUAAUGUGAAGAUUUCCAUAUCUACUCUUUUGAAAUUUGAACAAAAAAAAAUUCAAUUGUGGGAAAUGUUCGUUAGAAUAGCAAACAACUAUUUUAGAAGGAAGACAAAAUAACCAAUUUGAAAAAGAAAGGGAACAUGUUGGCGCGUGCUAUGGAUGUGGCUGGGGUUUGAUUUCAUAGAAUAUGGAACGACACAUUUUAUUCAACGAGUUGAGGUUCGAAUAGAGCAAUGCUUGUGAUUACUUGGUAUGAGAAUGAAUUUGUCUUCGAAAUUGAUUGCUAAGUGUAGUUUAUGUUGAUACUUUAAUGAGUCAGAUGGGAAAAUUAUGCAUUUCGAUGGAUGAGAUAAACAUAUAUUUUUUAAAGUUUAAAA